AUGCUCUGCAUAAUCACACAUACAUGCACACAAACUCACAUACCGUAUGUGAACUGUUCUUACCCCAUUUUUUUGUCCCGUCCAGCUCUGCACGAGUUCCCUACGGACCUCUUCUCACACAAAGAGCGAACAGAGGGAGCUGUGGCCCUGCAUGUCCUGUGUACCAUUUACAUGUUCUGUGCCCUGGCUCUCGUUUGUGAUGACUACUUUGUCCCUUCCCUGGAGAAGAUAUGUGAGCGUCUCCAGCUCAGUGAGGACGUAGCAGGGGCGACCUUUAUGGCCGCUGGCAGCUCAGCCCCUGAGCUCUUCACAUCUGUCAUAGGGGUUUUCAUCACCAAAGGUGACGUGGGUGUAGGGACCAUCGUGGGCUCAGCCGUCUUCAACAUCCUCUGCAUUAUUGGUGUGUGUGGCUUCUUCGCUGGCCAGGCAGUGAAGCUCUCUCAUUGGGCUCUACUCCGAGAUUCCAUUUAUUAUACAUUUUCUAUCACGGCCCUCAUUGCGUUCAUCUAUGAUGAGAAAGUGUGCUGGUGGGAGUCUCUCGUCCUGAUUCUCAUGUAUGCAGUCUAUAUCCUCAUCAUGAAAUUUAACAGCAGGGCACAUCGCUAUUUCGAUCGUCGAAAGAAGAGCUCUGUGAAUCUGGCCAAUGGGCUGACAGGAAGCACUGAUCUGGAGGAUAAUGUCACAUGUGAUGCUACUGCAGUCCUGCUCAAGAAAGCUAACUUCCACUGUAAGCCGUCAGUGCUGAUGGUAGAUGAGCUGCUGUCUGCGUACCCCCACCAGCUGUCUUUCUCCGAGGCCGGCAUGAGGAUCAUGAUCACCAGUCAUUUCUCUCCCAGAACCCGCCUCACCAUGGCCUCUCGCAUGCUCAUCAAUGAGAGACAAAGACUGAUCAACACGACGGAGACUCGAGUCAACCGCAUCACCAAUGGUGACUCGGAUUCAACAAGCAGGACUCAGGGGAGGCGGGGCUUAGAGAAUGGGAUGGGAGGGGCUGAGCAGGGUUUGAACGGGAGGUGCAGACUUCAGCGACUGGAGUCUGGGAACGAGACAGAGAACGAAAAUGAGGAUAAUGAGAACAAUGAGAAUGAUGAGGAAAGAGAGGGAGAGGAUGAUAGCGGAGGUCCCCUGGUGCCAUUCAAAGUUCCAGCCGGAGUGUGUAACAAGCUGAAGUGGCUGACCAUGUGGCCACUGUCCCUGCUUCUGUUCCUCACCGUGCCCAACUGUGCCAAGCGGCGUUGGGAGAGAUGGUUCAUGGUGUCCUUCUUCACUGCCACCAUCUGGAUUGCUGGCCUCUCGUACAUCAUGGUCUGGAUGGUGACUGUGAUUGGCUUCACCCUCGGCAUACCUGAUGUCAUCAUGGGCAUCACUUUCCUAGCAGCAGGCACCAGCGUCCCAGACUGUAUGGCUAGUGUUAUUGUAGCACGGCAAGGUAUGGGAGACAUGGCCAUCUCUAACUCCAUAGGCAGUAAUGUGUUUGACAUCCUGGUGGGCCUGGGCCUGCCCUGGGCGCUGCAAACACUCUGCAUCGACUACGGCUCCAACAUCCAUCUUAACAGUAGAGGUCUCAUAUUCUCUGUUGGACUCUUACUAGCCUCAGUAUUCUUCACAGUUCUCGGUGUCCAUUUAAACAAGUGGACUCUGGAUUGGCGACUGGGCUUGGUCUGCCUCAUCAUGUACGCCGUCUUUCUGUGCUUCUCCAUCCUCAUCGAGUUUAACGUCUUCAUCUUCGUCAACCUUCCCACGUGCCGAGACAUCCAUUGACCCCCUUCCUCUUUUUCUUCUCCUACUUUUUCCUCUGGCUGAUGGAGGGAACCUCACCUGGCUUCCAAUUUCUUGGCGCCUUGGAACCAAGUCCUACCUUUUAUUUUUUCAAAUAGAAAAAUAGAGAUCUAUAUGAUUAAUCUUUGGUGCAAUACACACAAGAGAGAGGACACCAGAAGGUUUUGGGUUUUGGGGACCAGAGAGGUGGCACGAAGAGAAAGUCCCAGCAGCAGUGAUUGCUGCCAAUCAUCUGAUGAACCGAAAGGUUGGCUGGAGUGAACAUAACUGUAUUAACACCGACAGUUAGGCUACUGUUGGUGAAGAAGAAGCUGCUACUGUAACUGACUGACUGGAGGAAAGAGAGAAAUCCUGCGCUAACAGCGAUUUUUAGCUGGAUUGUUUGUUACUCUUUGUACAAGUUUGGAUAUAAGCACAUGAUUAAGGUAUUUUUAAGUAAAAACUGGCUUUCUCUGUAUAUAUUUGAGGAUUAGAUAAGUACUAAUAUUAGCUGAUAUAUGGAACUCUCUUAUGCACAACUGGAUCAGUCUGUACGAAUGAUCUGAUGACAGUGACAAUAUUGUAUGUUUUACUUUAGUGAUUUGGUCCGCCAGUAACCCACUCAAAAUGCUUCAUGUUUCCCAUGCUCAGUACCAGCUAACAUAGCAUGCUGUACCCGCCACAAGUCAAGUCUAGCUUUGCACUGACAGACAGAAUCUAAAUAUUUAACACUAUUCACAUAGAGCCUGUUUGUUUUUCUGUCUCUCUAGAGGCAUAUCCAAGUAGAUGUGGGCUUUAUUGUUCUUUAUUAUAACCCACAUAAGAAAGGGAUCUCCCUGGAACUGACAUCCAGCACUGUCACUUUAUGGAUUAGAGAUAUUAUUCUAUCAUUGCAAGGCGUCUACAGGUACUCUAAACAUGUAACUACUGAAGUUAAAGUUCCCUCUAGAUGGUAGGCCUCUUGUGCUAUAUUAAAGUAUUAGUUUUUAGUCUCUGAGUUGAAUAUAAUGUUGUUACUUCUUAAAGCCAAAAAGUAUUUUUAGAAUAGGAGUAAGAGUCGUAGAUUUGGACUUAAAAGUCAGCUCGAGUGCACUGUGUUUGUGUUUGUGUGUGUGUGUGUGUGUGUGUGUGUGUGUGUGGAUGGGGUUUGUCACAAUCUCGAGGGGAGCCAAGGAUAACACUGUUACUGGGAAGACAUAAUCAUGAUUUAUUUAUGAAUUAAUUUAUUCAAAGAUCAUGUCUAACCUCCAGUUUCAGCCCUUUGGAUCAUGUACAGUGUAUGAAAUGGAACGAUCUCCGCUCUCAUUGACAGAGCUGUACAAUGUACUGUACCUAAUAUAUAAUCUAAGUACUGGAAACUGACUUGAUGUUGUUUAUAUUUAAGAACUUAGA